AUGGCGUUUCCUCAAAUGCAAGGAACAGCGAAGCUGCAACAAGUGACGCAGCUGCUAAAGUCUCUUGAGAAAGACCUACAAGAGAACAACCUCUCAACAGCAGACCAAGUUCAAACUCUCCUCCAGCUUCGACAACACGGCACAAACCCUACCAACGCAGAACCGAUCUAUUCACAGACUGGCAUCAAUACUUUGGUACGGUAUGGCGUUGAGGGGGAGACCCCUGAAAUACGUCGAGCAGCAUUGCGAUGUGUUGCAAAUGCGCUAUUACUCGACCCCAAGAUGCGCCAGGCCUUUGUAGACACGGGAUACGGCGGAAAGCUUGCAGAAAAGCUCAAGACCGACGAUUCGGAAGACGAGAUGGUUACAAGUCGGAUAUUGUUCUACGCGACUUAUAACACCACACUGGACUUUAAGGAUUUGAUUAAGAGCAACGCAUUGGGGGAUAAUCUCAACUACCAAUUGAGCCGUCAUGCGAAGCAGUUCCCGAAGUCAGGAAGAAAGCCAUUGUCACAAAUGGAUGAACUGGCAUUGUCAGACACGCUCAAGUUGAUGUACAAUAUCUCCAAGAUAUUUCCAGAUCUUGCUACCGAAUUCUCUCCCUCCAUCCCUCAUAUUUUGAAGAUUAUCUGUCGCAUUGAUAUUCCAGCAAAGCCCUUAGAUGGUUUAGUUGGCGGCUUGAUCAAUGCUUUGUCUAUCCUUGACUUGGAGGAAAAGAAAGGCAAAUAUUUCGAGAACAGUCCACUUUUCCCUACAUUCGACCCCAACUGCAACGUGGAUAGGUUGAUCGGCAUCUUGGAUCAGGCCGUAUCCAUAUAUAGCCCCGAGGGGCUAGAGGCAAACGCAAUCCCGUUGUUAUAUUCGCUUAUUGCUAUCUACGAAGUGGCAUCUGAUGGGCCCCGCAAGCAUAUGCAAUCGCUUCUUCUGCCCGAGAGCACUGACCGAAGUUUGCCAAUUGGACGGUCUGAAACACUUUCUUCAAGACUUCUGAAGCUCUCGACAAACCACUUUGCCAAUCUGAAGGUUACAAUUUCUGAGCUAAUGUUUGUUCUCUCGGGCAAGGACGCCGAGAGACUCACUAAGAACAUUGGUUACGGCUUCGCUGCCGGGUUCCUGGCAGCGCGCGGCAUCGAGAUGCCACAGAGUGCGAGUGAAGCAUAUUCGGCCAAGGACCACCCCGAAAAUGCACGAAAUCCCAUUACUGGGCAACGGUGGGCAGCUGAGCCACAAGAUUUCGGUCCUCCAAUGACUAUGGAGGAGAAGGAACGGGAAGCAGAGAGACUCUUCGUGCUAUUUGAGAGGGCCAAAGCAAAUGGUCUCCUCAAUGUCGAGAACCCCGUAACUCAGGCUCUUCACGAGGGAAGAUUUGAAGAACUGCCAGAUGAUACUGAUAGUGACUAA